AUGGGAGAGGCUGCUGCAAAGAAGCUACUGACCAUCCCACUCUCAAACGAAACUCUGAGCUACCGUAUUACAGACAUGGUCUUAGACAAACAGCAUCAGCUUCUGGAAAGACUAAAAAGAAAGAGAAAAUCGGAUCUUCAAAGUGACCCCAGCAGGUUACAGCCACCAGCUAAGCGACAACGUCUGUCUGUGUCGGGAUUUGUAGGUAUUUCCACAGAAUCAAUCAUACUGUCUGAUGCAAAAAGCAUCAUGACAUUUGUACAUGCCAGACUACAUCACCAAGACAAGCUCUGUGCUUUCUUGAAGAAAAAGAUUAGUGAUUUGGAGACAGACAAGAGGGAGCUAGUUGGCGUCUUUGGUAAAAUUGGGGCUGGAAAGAGCUCUUUAAUAAAUGCCAUCAUCAAAGAGAAGAAUAUUUUACCCUCUGGAAGUGUCAACGCAUGCACCUCAGUCAUGAUUAAAUUGGAAGCUAACACCUACAGCUCGAAGUAUGAGGCAGAAAUUGAGUUCAUCACAAAAGAGGAAUGGAACGAUGAGUUGUGCUCAUUUCAUCAGUUUUUUUGCAAAAAUGGAGAUCACGAAAUGGAAGAUAAUGAUGAUUAUCUUGAUGCUGUGGAAAAGCUGUCAGCAGUGUAUGGAGAAGAAUGGAAACAAAAGUCUUCUGAAAACCUCAUGAAGAGCAAAUAUUUCAAAGCAAUUCCAGAAUUUCUCCAAUCCAAGAGGAAGAUUUUGACAUGUGAAUCGGCUAAUGAACUCUGUGCAGAAGUUGUCAAGUACACACGAAGUGAUUCAAAACAAGAAGAAGGUAAUGAAGCAAAAAAGUGGUUUUGGCCACUAGUGAAGUGUGUGACUGUCAGGGUGCCAAACAAUCCUUUUCUCCAGCAUGUCACACUUGUGGACCUUCCUGGAAAUGGUGACUGUAACAAGAGCAGAGAUCAGAUGUGGAAAGGGAUACUUGGAAAUUGUUCUACUGUGUGGAUUGUGACUGAAAUUAAUCAAGCAGCAUCAGAGAAAGAGGCCUGGGAGAUCCUGGAAAGUGUCAGUAGUCUGAUUGGAAAUGGUGGCGAAUGUCAGCAAAUUCAUUUUAUCUGCACCAAGUCUGAUCUUGUUGAUGAUUCAGAUGAUCUUUCAUCAGCUGAUGUCCAUGAUCUAAUCACUGAAAGAAACGUGCAAGUCACUGAUGCAAUAAAGAAAGAAUUCAACAAGCGAAGCAACAUUAGGAAACACUUCACUGAUGACAGAUUCAAAGUGUUCACAGUGAGCUCCAAAGAGUUCCUAAAACAAAACUACUUAAGUCCAGAAGAAACUGAAGUACCCAAACUUCAGAGAUUUUUGCAAGAUCUCAAUGACUGUCACUCAGAGACAGUAAACUAUGUGAAUCGAGCUCACAGGAUUCUGUCUUUGAUUCAAGGAGCCACUUUUAAAAAAAAACCAACAAGUGGUUUUCAUGGCGAGGUGUGUGAAGAACUUGAGAGAAACAUGAGCCUCCAACUUGAUAAUGUCAGAAAAGAAAUGGAAGACAACUGUAGGGCUUUUGAAAGAUGUCUUGAUGAUGGUGUUAAGAAAUCCUUCUUAUAUCAUGCCGAGAGGCCGAGGGCACCCCACCCCCGAAGUGGCCCGAGCGAGCCCCAGGUUAAACCAGUUAACCUUAAUAUGAAGUUGGCUUCCUGUCUGAUUGACAGCAUUGGUGCAGAAUUCAGAAAGACCUUCCCAAAUGAAGUAAAAUGUGGAGCAUUCAACGGAGUCAUCAAUACAUUUACACUUAACACUGAUUCUCUGAUUGAAAAGUACAAAAAUGCUGAACUGCAGCUCAGAUUCCUCAAGACAGAGGAAGAAAAGAUUAAGGCAAAAUUAAACAGAAUCAUCCAGGAGCAGAUGCAAAAAGUCUACAGCAGUCUGACAGAGACAGUUGAGAACAUUAUGGAAGAAGGCUACAAGAAGGCUUUAGCAUUUACAGGAGAAGACACACUGUACAACAUGAGGGAGACUAUUAAAAACCACGUGCACUCAAAAGAAAAUACCAUGUUGGAGAAGUUGCAUGAUUUGAUGGUUUGUCAUGUUUUACGAAGAAUUACGAUGAACGUAUAUGUCUUGGGGACUCUGGAGAAAACUAUGAAGGAAUCUAUUGGACUUUCAUUCAAGGCUGAAGAGUGCUUACUCCCAGCCUGGUUUCGGGAGAGUUCAAAUGUCCUGGAGGGACGUUCCCUGCCGGAUACACGAUGGCAGCAGAAGUGGCAUGUCGUGUGCCUGGCGGGACUUUCGACUGAGGACAUUGAAGACAUCUACCUAUUUGGAAUCAUGAUAACAGGAUUCUUGCUGAUCGGAGAUGGCUUGGCCCUGGUUUAUUGGAAAUUGAAGAAAGCAGUGACAGCUGUUAUAAACCCCACAAGGCUACCCGCUAUGAUCGAAGCUAUGGGUAGAGCUGUCAUCAUUAGUGGCUCCUCCCAUCUAUUACGAGACAAGGAGUUCACCUGUUUGGGAACCUAUGUAAGGUGA